AUGGAUCGGAGGUCCCGGUCUCAGCAGUGGCGCCGAGCUCGCCACAAUUACAACGACCUGUGCCCACCCAUCGGCCGCCGCGCAGCCACCGCGCUCCUCUGGCUCUCCUGCUCCAUCGCGCUCCUCCGCGCCCUUGCCACCUCCAACGCCCGCGCCCAGCAGCGCGCGGCUGCCCAGCAGCGCCGGAGCUUCCUUAACGCCCACCACCGCUCCGGCGCCCAGGUAUUUCCCGAGCCCUCCGACUCCGACUCUGACCACGAACACGAGGAAGCAGACCUUGAGCUGUCCCUCCCGGAGUGCCUAGAGUACGAGGAAGAGUUUGACUACGAGACCGAGACCGAAACCGAGUCCGAAAUCGAGUCCGAGACCGACUUCGAGACUGAGCCUGAGACCGCCCCCGCCACUGAGCCCGAGACCGAGCCAGAAGACGAGCGCGGCCCCUUGGUGCCCAAGCGCCCCACCUUCGGCCAAUCUCUCAACGCCCAAUCUCUCACCGAGCGUCUGCACGCUCUGAAGUUGCAAAGCCCCGACGCCUCCCCAAGUCGCGCGCUGCCCAGCACUCAGGAGCCCCAGAGCCCCAGUGAGGGGGAGGAGCCCAAGCCCGAGGAUAAGGAUCCGCUGGACCCCGAAGAGUCUGAAGAGCCCAAGAAGGAGGGGAAGAAGAAGCAGCGCCGCUGCAAGCCGAAGAAGCCCACCCGCCGCGACCCGUCCCCGGAGUCCCCUUCCAAGAGGGGACCCAUCCCCAUCCGGCGUCACUAAUGGAGGACGCCGUCCAGAUUCUCCUUGUUUUCAUGGA